AUGGGGUCCAUUCCUUCUAGCAAGGAUCUAUUGCUGCCGGCUGCCCUGGACAACCGGGUCCGCAACAAUCCCCAGGGCAUGUGGGCCAAAUUUCCCGUCUCCGACACCACAUACGAAUUGGGCCUCCACGUAGCCACAAACCAGCAGGUGGCAAAUGCGGUCAAUCGAGUAGCUUGGACGCUGGAGGAAACGCUGGGCCGAGGUCAGAACUUUGAGACUAUCGCCUACAUCGGUCCGAAUGACCCGCGCUGCUAUGUUGUACUGCUGGCAGCUGUCAAAGUGGGAUAUAAGGCCUUUUUCCCUUCCCCGCGCAACAGCAAGAUCGCCCAUAUCAAUCUGCUCGAGCGGCUACAUUGCAAAACUCUCAUUACGACUACUCCGGAGCCACCAUGUGUUCCCCAGAUCCUGGAGGAUUAUAGCAUGCAGCAGAUCUAUCUUCCUGGCCUUUUGGAACUUUUGCAGAGCGAAAACAUCCCUUGCUAUCCAUAUGAGAAGUCAUUUAGUGAGGCUCAGAAUGACCCUAUCUUUGUUCUACAUACCUCGGGAUCUACAGGUAAGCAUUUCAACACGGAAAGCAGUUUGAAAGAAAUAUCUAUUGACUUACUUCUUAUAGGGAUCCCUAAGCCAUUGGUCUACACCAAUGAAUUCACAACUAGGUUUGCCAAUGCCAUGUCUCUCCCAGCACCCGAGGGACACAUCUCCCUAAAUGAGAAGUAUAAAAGUGGGAGCUUCUUCACCUUACUCCCGGCAUUCCAUGUUGCUGGCGUCGGCUUCGCUCUGAUUGUCCCGCUGUUCAGUGAGAGCAUCCCAGUCUUCCCUCUCCCUGCAAAGCCCCCAACCACAGAGGGCUUCCUGGAAGCAGUGAAAUAUACCGAGUUCGACUGGGCAUUUCUUCUCCCCGUCAUCCUAGACGAGCUGAGUCGAGACCCCGCAGCGCUCGAGAUGGUCUCUUCCAAGCUCCAGUAUCUGUAUUACACCGGCGGCAGCCUUCCCCAAACAGCCGGCGAGACGCUCGCCGAGAAGAUCCCGGUCUAUCAAUGCAUGGGCUCGAGCGAGAAAGCCGGUCUCCCAUUGAUCCAGCCGGCGGACAAUAGCGUAAAGGAUAGCUGGAGGUACAUCCAGGUGCAUCCGUCCAUUCACGCGGAGUUCCGGCACCGCUUCGAAGACCUACACGAGCUGGUCAUUGCCAAGAACGACAUGUUCGAGCGGUACCAGCCAGUCUUUGCGCACUUCCCGCACCUGGCCGAGUAUGAGACCAGAGACCUCUUCAGUGCCCAUCCCACCCGGCCAGACCUAUGGAGACACCGCGGCCGCAUUGAUGACAUUGUGGUUUUCAUUAACGGCGAGAAGACCAAUCCUAUCUCCUUUGAGCAGGAGGUCAGUCGUCAUCCCGAGGUUCGCUCCGCGCUGGUUGCCGGUGACCAGCGGUUUGAGGCGUGCUUGCUGGUCGAGCUUCAUAGCCCUGGACCUCAUUCCCCGGAGGAACAAUCCCAGAUUAUUGAACGCAUCUGGCCUGCGGUGAAAAAAGCCAAUGCGCAAUGCCCGGCUCAUGCCCGAGUUUCAAAAGCCCGGAUUAUGUUCUCCGAUCCCGCUAUGCCCAUGCCGCGCGCUGGCAAGGGUACGGUGCAGAGACAGUGUACAUUGAAUCUGUAUGCGGACCUGAUCGAUAAGCUAUACGCCACAACUGGCGACGGGCCAUCCAAAGUGGACAUAGAGAGUAUUGGCCUCUCGAAUCCGGUUGCGGUCACCAAAAUAGUUCGCAUGCUCGUUUUGGAUCUAACCGAGUGGACCGAGUUCAAAGAUGACGAUGACUUCUUUGCUCUGGGCAUGGACUCUCUGCAGGUUCUGCAGCUGAGUCGAGAACUCAAAGCUCUUGGUCUCGCAAAUGCUGCACCAAGUACCAUCUACAGCAGCCCAUCGGUUGAACUGCUGGUAGAGAGUAUUCUGCACAGCAGCCAGGGGUCUGUAUCCAAUAGAUAUCUCGAACACAAGCGUCUGCAAGUGAUGGCAUCGACACUGCAGAGGUACGAGAGCGAGAUUGAUAAUAUCUCAGAGACUGUUGGGAAAGCAGAGCCUCGCGUCAACACACCGGAAUCGGAGGUGAUCAUUCUCACUGGCUCCACGGGUGCUGUGGGCUCUCACAUCCUGUACGAACUGCUCCAAAACAAAACCGUAUCGCACGUCUACUGUCUGAACCGGGGAAACGACUCUCGUGUUGUGCAGGAGAGCCGCAAUGCCGAGCGUGGCAUCCCAGCAAGCUUCUCGCCUGCUCAAGUUACUUUCCUCGCAGUUGAUUUGAGCAAGCCGAGCUUCGGUCUCGAAACCGCCGCUUAUGAGAAGAUACUGUCAACAACCACGCAAAUCAUCCACAAUGCCUGGCCCGUCAACUUCAACCAGCGACUGCAGUCAUUCCAGCCCAGCCUGGACGGCGUAUUAAACCUGAUCUCGUUCGCGGCCCAUGCCAAAUUAUCUCCCUCGCUGUUCUUCCUUUCCUCCAUCAGCGCUGUCACCAACUACCACCAAGUCCCCGACGCAGCAAGCCAAGUCCCCGAAACUGCAGUGACAAGUCUUGAGUGUCCGGGACACAUGGGGUACGGAGAGAGCAAGUAUCUGACCGAGCGGAUGUUGGACCACGCGUCCACGAAGCUGAACAUCAAGACCGGUGUCGCGCGAGUAGGCCAGGUCGCCGGGACAGCGCACAACCCUCGCGGAUGGAACCAGCACGAGUGGUUCCCCAGUCUGGUUGUGAGCUCGCGGGCGCUACGGGCUUUGCCUCUAUCACUCGGGUCAUUCGAGGAUGUCUCGUGCAGUGGCGGACUGAUGGACUCAGUGGAUUGGGUGCCCAUUGACCAGCUGGCGACGGUACUCGUUGAACUAUCCGGAAAGGUUUCUCUUCUCUCUACACAGCCUGCAAAUACAGGCGUCCGGGUCUUCCAUCCUCUCAACCCACAUCCCAGGCAGUGGAACAGCCUCGCGCCAGUUGUUGCCCGCACCGUGCAGGCGACUCUGGCCGCGGCGAGGAACGGCGAUUCCACCGUACCUGAGAUCCGGUUGGUCAAGUAUUCAGAGUGGCUGGAGUUGCUGCGUGCCAGUGCCGCUGGUCUGGAGACUGCUGGUAAAGAACAGACGCUGCGUGAGGUUCCGGCGAGCAAACUGCUCGAGUUCUUUGAGGAGAGCCUUGUGGUCAAGGGUGCUGACCAGUCACCGCGCCAGUUGGCUAUCACGCAGGCUCUGGAAGCAAGUCCCUCGCUGCGGUCUUUGGAGGCUAUUCGGGAUGAGUGGGUGGAGGGAUGGGUGCAAGGUUGGUUGUUGUGA